GCAUGGCAUGUUGACGGUAAAGACAGACUGUGUUUUAAACAACUCCUCUCUCACGGAAAGUUCGGUAGAUCUGUGUUAAGAUGUUACCCCAGCAUGUCCACGAUAAGGAGUACAGGCCUGGUUGGAAAAUCACAGAGAAGAUAUCGGGAUGGAUGCGGUUAAUUUUUGCAGAUAAAACUUCCAGGAACUUGUUUCUGUUUCUGUUACUGAAUCUCUCCUUCGCAUUUGUGGAGUUGUUGUAUGGUGUAUGGACCAACAGCCUGGGUCUAAUUUCUGACUCAUUUCACAUGUUUUUUGACUGCACGGCUCUCCUAGCAGGCCUGGCAGCUUCUGUCAUUUCUCGCUGGCGAUCGACUGAACAUUACUCUUAUGGAUUUGUACGAGCUGAAAUUAUAGCUGGUUUUGUAAACGGCCUGUUUCUAGUCUUUAUUGCAUUUUUCAUUUUCUCUGAAGCAGUUGAGAGAGCUGUCGAACCACCUGAGGUUAAGCACGAGAGGUUAUUCGUGGUAUCUGUGAUGGGGUUUGUUGUGAACUUGGUGGGGAUAUUUGCCUUCCAACACGGCCAUGGCCACUCUCAUGGAGGGGAUGGUCACGGUCAUUCUCAUGGGUCAAGCCAUGGUCACUCACAUGGGUUAGGGUUAACAGACAACCACCAUGAGAAGAAAGACAACCAUGGCCAUAGUCAUGGAGGUCAUGGCCAUAGCCAUGGUGAUAGUCACGGUCAUGAGGGCCAUGGGCACAGCCAUGAAGGGGGAGGGUCAACAGCUGCACAAACACAGAUCAUGCAAGGUGUCUUCUUGCAUAUACUUGCCGAUACGCUAGGAAGUGUGGGUGUGAUCAUAUCAUCUGGAUUAAUUCAUUAUUUCGGCUGGAUGAUUGCUGAUCCCAUCUGCUCCAUGUUUAUAGCCACUCUUAUUGGUAUCAGUGUUGUUCCUUUAUUGAGAGACUCCGUAGGCAUUUUAAUGCAGAGAACCCCUAAAUCUCUGGAGCAUGUGUUACCUGGAUGUUACCAGAGGGUGAGUCAGCUGGAAGGUGUGUACAGUCUUCACGAACCGCACUUCUGGACCUUGUGUAGUGAUGUCUAUAUAGGAACUGUCAAGUUGGAGGUGGCUAGUAAUGCUGAUGCUCGUUACUUACUCAGUCAAACUCAUAACAUCUUCACACAGGCUGGUGUUAGACAGCUGUAUGUUCAAAUAGACUAUGCUCCUAUGUAGGCUGUCGUCUUUUAGACAAAGGGAGACAACUGCAUCUCUGUGUCAUGACAUGUUGAUCGUAACUUUGGUGGUGGUAAAGCUGAUGAACGUGUCAUUACCAUUCCAGUCAUCUUUUAACUUAAACAUUUUAUUGUUACAUUGUUGAAAGCUGCCCACCAGGUGUUCCUUUUAGCAGAUGGGUGUUUGGCUGUAAACUUGAGUGAAUAUGUGCACAUUUAUGAGAAUAAAUGAGUUAUCAGCUCCUGGUGGAUACUAUCCUGUGAGUUGUUUCCCAUCUUUUUGUUUCUGUUGCUGUGGAGAAUGAACAGAAUAACAUAACAAGCCAAACCCAGUUAUGAUGAUAAAUACCUAGGAAGUAAUUAUCUGGAUGUUUUAUACCACUGAACAGGUGUUAUUCCAUAUAAACUGAUUGCUGUGUACUGUUAAAUGAGCAGGUUGAACAUCCGUUAGAAUUUUCAGGUAAAAUUUUCAGAGCAAUUUGUUGGACAUAUAGGGACGUAAUGUAUCAUUAUAAUUGUUACAAUGUAUAAGCUCAUUCUGUAUCUGUAAUCAUUUGUGUGAAUUUUUUCAUUUUGUUCUAGUGUGUAUAUUUUGAGGUACUUAUUUUGUAUAUAUUGUGGUAGACUGCAUGCAAAUUCAUUAUAAUUGGUACAUUCCCAGCCUUUAGAUGUAUGAACUCUCUCAUUUGUUUUGGUAGGCUUAUACAUAGACAGCAUGAAAUGUUAGCGAUUGGUGAUAACACACAUACACAGUAGUGAUAAGUUAUUCAUCAUAUUUUCUCAGUCAUUUAGUACUGUCGUCUUUCUUAGUCGACUUUUAUUGCUUACAGCUUAAAGUGCAAUAUUAUCAUGAUAAAGGACAGCCACCUCAAUUAUGUUAUGUUGUGUAAUAUGGGCAGGUAAAUGUCUAUAGGCUGGGUUAUUGUGUUGUAGAUUUCUGUAUUGACAUGUUCAUAUGUUAGGGUGAGAUACACGUUACUGUUAAAAACACAUCCACAGUUACCUAUCACAAGUGAGGUUGGGAGUUCAAAUCUGACUCAUCUUCUUUGUAUUGAAUUGAGGGUUCCCUGGAACACUCUGUUUUUGUUGUCAACUCAAAGAAUACUGUCAUUUUUUGGCUCCCUAAAAUGUCAUUGGAUACACCAUUUUCAGCUAUUGGUAGAAGACAUCAGUGAAGGAGUCAUUUCAUCGCACUCACAAUUGAUAAGAAUGAGAACAAGUAAGGUUAAACAAUGCGUCGUUCGGCUCCCAACAUUCAUAUUUGAUAAUUCUGCAUUCAAACCCAAAAUGCACAGAAUGUAAGUCACUUUCCUUACUGUCCUUUUUACUGUGAAUAUGAGUGCAUAUGAUAUUGAAGUCAAAUCAGUGCAGUUUAUCUGCAGAAUAAUUUUGUGACUGUGUUCGUAACUGAGCCAAAAGGAAUGUUCCAAAAUUGCAUUAAUAUAUCUAAUCUUUUCUCCUAGCAUCCUUAUCACGACAACAGAAGGCAACAUUUUCUUAAAAGUUGUUGUGCUCCUUUUCCCCUAUUUACAUGAUAAAUGGUGUAAAUCAACAUGUAGGAGUUAUCCGGUGCUCAGGUUUCGCUAUACAAAGUACUUAACACUUAAGUGAUGUUAGUCCGGUCAGGAUUCAUUCUACAUUAAGCCUUUUAUGUACCUACAAUUAUGUAAUCAGGCUAUGUCUGGUGUGAGCGUGAUUUUAACCAAAGGACAAAUGAGUAGUUAACAAUUCAGUAUUUGACAGGUUCUGGUAAAAAGUGGCUUCCAGUGUCCACAAAAAGUGUUUGUCAAUUGAAUUUCUUGUUCUACAUGUAAAUAAUUCAGGUCAUUGUAUCUAUAAGGGACAUGCAAGCAUUUCAUUUAAUUGUUCAUGUAUCUCUGUGUACAUGGGCUUUCUCCACCUGUAAAAGCAAUGAAAUAAAUAUUUAUUUAAAAAAAAAAAAGUAUAUGGAACAAUGGGAGACUCAAGGACGAGCUGCACGGAAGGUCUAAAUGGCUGUAGAACGCAUCGUUUUCUGUUGUGAGGUUGCUGUGCGUGCGUACGUCAUGUAUAUUUUAUAUGGGCACACGUACAUUUACAAUUGUGACGUAAUAAAGGAAAGAACAAAUGAGUUCACAGCUUUGGACUGUCAUGAUACAGGCGGGAACGAGUUUUAUGAGCUCCCCAGUACAAAUAACCCCAAAGCUGACACACCCAUAUUAUGGGUGUUGUGACUGUCAAGGGAGAUAAUCCUUGAAUAUAAUGACACAUUUACCAUGAGACAAUUGCUGAAUAUAAUGAUAUAUUUACCAUGAGACUCUGGAGAGGAACCUGGAAGUACUGGUAACAAAGAAACAAAAAAAAUAAUCCUGGUGCUAGUCCUAUGUUAUAAUCAUGUCACAUGAUGUCGUGAGAAUAAAAUAACGUUUGAUUUUGAGAA